AGUAAGAUAGCAAUUAAAUUGAUAUACCUCUGGCAUUCGCAAUUCAAGACGGUGUUAACUGUACUAUUGUUACAAAUUGUUAUUUGUUACAAAGUACUAUAAUUUUAAUCUAUAUAGAUGCUUCAAAUGGAAAUUAGUAUAGCAUUCCGAAAUAUUUUUAACGGUUUAAUAUUAAUCGUAAUAAUUAUACUAUCUACUGCAAAAUUUACGAAAAAUGACACUGAAUUUAAUUACAAUGAUUUGAAUUUUAUACCAUUGCAUUAUGAUGUCAAAAUGAAAUUUGACAUAUACAGAAAUGUCUUUUUUGGAGAAUGCAAUAUCACUAUCCAGAUUACUCGCAAAACAGGAGCGAUAAUUUUGAACUCAAAGACUAUUGCCAUACUUAAAAUUGACCUAAUUGACAAAGAUGGUAAUCAGAUAAUUAACAUCCAGGAAUUAUCAUUUAUCAAUAAAAGAUACAUUUAUCUUGAUUUUACCCAGCCAUCGAUCGCUCUUUUAUCUUCUGGUACGUAUAUCUUAAGAAUGACAUAUGUCCGUACCAUAUUUGAUGACGAAGACUCUUUCAAAUCCUACUACACAAGUAAAAUAGAAGAAUUUGACAACGGCUUUAAAGUAAUAAAAGCAACAGAAUUAUUUCCAUCUUGGGACAAUGCGAUAUUUAAAUCAACUUUUAACAUUUCUAUCUGGCAUCAUAAAAAUUACACAUUUCUAUCGAAUAUGCCGACAAAAAAACAAGUUGAGGAUAUGGAUAACAUGCUGUGGACUUAUUUUGACAUAUCACCUCUAAUGUCUGCUGAACAUUUAACAAUUGUGAUAAUCACAUUCACUAAUUUCUUCGCUCCUAUUAGAAAUGUCAAAAUUUGGUAUAGAAAAGAGAUGAUAGACCAGUUGCAAUUUGCAGAAAACGUUGUCUAUGAAGUCAUGCAGUAUUUGGCACAAAACAAUAUAAGAGAAAUAUCAAAAAUAGAUUACAUUGUAGCUAAGUACUUUAUAUACAAUGACAUAAAGACACGGGAAUUCAUUCUAUUAAGGGAAGAAGAUAUUAUUUAUAAUAAUACAUUACAUCCUGUUCGCAAAAUGGAAGUGGCAAAUUUUAUAGCACGUGAAACGAUAUCUUAUUGGUUUCAUGACGUGCUUUUGUGGUCAAAAGAAGGAUUCAUUACAUUUCUUGCAGCAAAUAUUUUGAAUCAGUCUAAGUUAUAUAAUGGCAUGGACUUAUUUGUCGUCCAAACACAACAGGAAUUUUUACGUCUCGAUACUCUUCCUAUAGAUUCUCUUUCCUUCCACACUCCAAACAUCUUUACAGAUCAUUCACCUAGAUCAUCUCUUCAUUAUAUCAAAUCAUCCAUUAUAUGGCAUAUGUUAUAUACUCUAGUAUCUGAUUAUGUGUUCUGGUAUGGUAUUAACUCGUGUAUGUACAUACAGUAUAAUCAGACAAACGUAACAAAUAUUAGCAAUUUAUCAACUAUCGAACCCUUUUGGAACGUUGUGGCUCCAGGUAUACUGAAUAGCAUACGUAACUUUACUAUUCAAGAUGUAAUUUGGUUAACGGAAGGACAUUAUUCUGUACUGACUGUGACACGAGAUUAUUCCUCAAACUCGGUAUUGAUCUCAUAUAUUAUUUCCAAUAGUACAUUACUUUCUGACAUAAAACAAUAUCGAAUGUAUGUGACAUAUACAACAAAAUCAGCCAUGAACUUUAAGGUAUUAAAUACCAAAACUGACAUUUGGUUAUCUUCAUUAGUAUCGCACCAUUAUAUAUAUAAGAUUGACAAUAAUGAUUGGAUCAUACUCAAUUUGCAACAAGCUGGGUACUAUCGCGUCAAUUAUGAUUCGGAUAACUGGCAAAAACUUGCGGAUUAUUUAUAUAAAAAUUAUACCGAUAUUCAUGUUCUCAAUCGAGCUCAAAUCAUCGAUGACGCGUUUUAUUUUUUGACGCAAGGACAACUCAAAUUCUAUUUGUUUUGGAACAUUACAAAGUUUCUGUUUGAAGACGCAGACUAUGUAGCAUGGUAUCCUAUGAUUAAAGCUGUUGAAUACAUGAUGUGUAUGUGGCCAGUUCAAAAUACUACAGCUAUAAAGAAGGAAGUUACAGAUAGGUUUGAUAGACUUCUGCUAAAUAUAGGAUACAUGGACAAAUUGCAUUUUGAAAAUGAUUUUACUAAAUUUUUAAGAGAAGAAGCGGUAAAAUGGGCAUGUCUUUUCGAUGCUCCAAAAUGUAGAGAAACAGCAACCUUCCAAUUAGAAAAACAUCUUAAAAGUUCUGUUCAAGACAAACUUUUGAAAUGGGAAGAAUGGAUAUACUGUAAAGGUUUAAUGGCAGCAAACUUCACUACUUGGGACAAAGUGUGGAAUAGAUGGAAUGCAACAUCCUAUAAUACAAUUUUAGAAUAUUUAACUUGCUCUACAGAUACUGAAAUUAUUCAAAAUUAUUUGGGAUUAAUAAGAGAACAAGAUUUUGGUAUUAGAGUAUCAAACAGUGAAAAGAUUGCUAUUUAUCUCCUUAUUGUUGCGAAACAUGCAAAAAGUGAUGCAAUGCUCAAUGUUAUAUUCAAAUUUUUGAUGUUCAAAAUGAAAGGGGAAGCAGUUAAGCAGAUUGCAACAUUAAUUGUUAUUAUAACGCACCAGCCUGAUGAAAAACAAUUCAGAAAGAUAUAUGAAUUUGUUCAAUAUCAUCUGCCUAUACACGAAAAGCAAUUUAGUUUUAUAGUUGGUGCUGUCAAACAAAAAAUCGGAAAACGAAAAGUGGAACAGCAUAAACCUAUGAGAAAUUACGGGCUUUUGAAGAUAUGAAACAUAUGAACAUAAUGCAGUAUAACAAGUCAAGCACUUGAAUCGAUAGAAAAUAGUAAUUUUGCUUGUUACUGACAUGUAUUCAUAUAUUAACCAUUUUUGUAAUCCUCUUCUUAUUGUUAUA